AAACUGAUAGACAUUACAAAACUUUUUUAUCAUUUAUUCUAUUUCAACCCUUCAAAUGGUCCAAUAUGUUAUUUUUUCAGAAUCUCUUAGGUGUUAUUAUAAGACAUCUAUUUGCUCCAAGGCAACUAUUGUAAUUUUUAUUAUAAAUAUGUUUACAUUUUUUGUGCCUUUUCUGUUAGCUUACAAAACUCAAGGCUUAUGGCAAAAAACAGACCAUUAUAGAGAACAGCCUGAAGUACAUUUUAAAUAUGAUUACUUUGUAUUAUUAGAAGCUGAUAAAAUAGAAAAACCUGUGAUAUGUACAACUUUUCCUAGCUUAGUUUAUGUCACAGAGGUCUACGAUACUUGCAGAUCAAUAAAGGUGCGUGAAGAAGACCAUAAUAAGGAUGGUUUGAAUGACAAAAUUAUAUUCGAAGUCGAAGCAGAUCUGGAUACAUAUGAAAAUGUAUACGCUGUAACAGUUAUUUUGAUCUUUAAUUAUAAACUUCAUAGUUACAGUCAAUUUCAAAUGGAGUCAGCAGGAUGGAUCGAAUGCCAUUCUCCAUUCGGAGGAGCUAAGCUUCAUGUAACAACUGAUUUGAGACUGAGGCAACGUCAACCACUUAGGCACAAAGGCAGAGAUCUAAGAUUUAAUACAACUCUUUCUAUGGAAUCUGAGCUGGGUCUUUCUUCGUUUCUUCAGGCCUAUGCAGAGAGAAACGUGACGACAAGGCUGGACAACAUAUAUUCCACUUGGACGAGGGGCAAAGCUGCAGGAGAUCCUUUCAAAUUCUCUCUUGGUAUAAACAUUCCUGAAGAGACAAUACUCUAUACUCCAGGCUUCUGGCAGAUCAUCAAGAUGGCGUGGGUACAAUAUCUCUCGCUCCUCUACCUCUCAAUCCUCGUGUCGAGGAGAGUGAAACAUUUUAUACUCGAUAACAGACUUGUGCAUAACAUUAAGGUUCAACCAUGGAAACAUAUGCAUUAGUAUUAAUAAAAUUUGGUACUGAUUUGAUAAUAUUAACACUAUCUGGUUUAAUACAUGAAAUGUCAAUUUUUAGGAAUAUAAUUGAUCAAACAGAACUAGGUAUAAUCUAUUUAAAUUAAUUAAAAUAUAAUUCUAUGCACUUCUUGGAAUAAACAACUUAUUUAUCUUUUUAAAAAUCUCCGAGCUCCAAAUGCAAAAUAAAAUCAGAAAAAGAAGUUUUGCAAAACAUCAUCAGUUUUAAAUAUACAGAUGUUAUAGAUAAUCAUCCAAGUCUUUGAAAAGAUGUUAUCAUUUACUGAUUGGUCUGGUAGGUAUUGAAGAAUAUUUCCAAGCAUUGGAGGUUUUUCCUUCCAUUAAAAUUACUUAUUAUUUUAUUUACUCUUUUUUAAUAAUAUGGUGCCCGAAUUUGACAUUUCAUGUGAUAUAUCAGAUUUAUUGAAUAUAUAAUUUUUACAUUAAUAGUUUGUAUUAUAUAAAUAUAUAAUUGCUCAAAGACAUUGUAAAUUAACUCUGGAAUAAAUUUAGUAUUAUUUUAAAUGAUUGUUAAUAUGAUAUGAUGAUUUAGUUUAUGUAAUUAUAGUUGUUUUUUUAAUUUAUUCUGUAAUUUAUUUUGAACUUUUAAAAGAAAAAAUGUUUAAAUAAUUUAAUUAGAAGCACUAUAAAAUAUUGUUUAUACUAGUGGUUUUUUUUUUUUAAUUAUUUUGUUUGAAUUCACUAUUCAGGCUCUUUUAACCUGUUAAGUGGAUUAUUUCGUCAUACACAAACUACUAUCGCAUUGGGCAUGACGACAUUGUUCGUCAUGGAAAUUUGCUGUGAUAUUUUGAAUGCAUUAAGUUUUCCCUAGUUCUUAUCUAUUAUAUCCUAGCAUAGUUAUAUGCAAGCAUAUUGCAUGAAGGAAUAUUAUACUACAAAAUAAAUGAUUAAUAAUUAAAUUUUCUCAAUGAAUUUUUUCUCUAUCGAGAUAAUUAGAUUAUAUAAGUUAUAAUUUUUUUUUUUAAAUAACUAAAAUCAAUAAGUUAAAAAUUAAUACUGUUCAAUAAUUGAUAUGUGAUGAUAUUACUCAUAAUUAUGAAGAAAAAAGUCUCCUUUGUGAAACGAGUUGAACAAAAUUUCAUUUCCCACUUAACAGGUUAAUUGAUCCUAAAUAGAAGACAAUAAAUAUAUUUGAUGAACAAUUGGGAGUGCUAUGAACUAUUGAUAAUUAAAAAAUAAAAUAACAUUAUAUCUGUGGCACCAGCGCAUAGCAUGUUAUGUGCAAAAAUCAUAUUUAUGGAAAAUCUCAUUUGAAAUUUAGAAUUUUCACAGGUGCAAGUUCAAUUGUCGAGUUUGAACCCAUGUUUCACAAAGGAAUAUUCAUCUCUGUUACAACCACAUGACUUAACCCAUUAGACAAAAAGAAAGAGAAAAAGUAGCUUUUUGGUGAAAUCCAUAAAAAUUCACAAAAUUGCACUUAACGCACUUUUCACAGGUGCCACAGAUAUUUUGACAAUAGAACAAAAUAUAUAAAAAAAAAAAAUUGAAUAAUUAUGGCUAUGCAUCUCAGAGGCCAACAGAUUUAUUAUUUUAAAUAAGCUUUCUCUAUCACAUACUAUUCUAAUAUUAUGAAUUCAAAAUAUUUCUGAAUAAAAUGACAGUAAAAUCAAACAUAUGUAAUGAUGAUUAUAAACAUAUAUAAUGAUUAUACUUUUUUAGUUAUAUUUUUAUUCUCCUUAUAAUUUGAGGUAUGCGAUGCUAAUAGUCUGGAAUUUUAUUAUUACAAACUUAAAAACAAACUAAUUUAUAAGUUUCACAUUAAAAUAAUUUUUUAAUGUUUUCAUCAAUAUUUUAAUUAGUUAGGAUCCAUUUUGUAUUGCCAUAUUUGUGUU